CAUAAUUUUAAUUAUUACAAACCAAAUAAGCAAAAACAAAAUAAACAUUAUGUAUGCUAUUACUUAUACGACAUCUAUUUAUUCUUUCUUAUAUACCCUAAAUUAAAAUAUUUGGUGACAUUGACAGCGUAUACGGCAAAGGAAAGUAUUGUGUGUAAUUUGUUGAUAUUUUUAUUAUUUUGCUAAAAUGGAACUUAAAUUAUUGGAGAGAAUAGAAAAACUUGGGUAUAAUGGUCAGCUAAUAGAACCUAAUAAAUUUAAAGAAGCUUUAAAACAAGGUCCAAAAUCACCAGAAUUUACAAAACUUGUAGCAUGGUUAGCAGAUGAAAUUGCAUUACUCAAUGAUAUGGAUGAAACUAUUCAUGCAAUAAUGUCACCAGAUGAUUCUAGUUCUUUCUUAUUAGAAUUAAGCUGUUUUCUUAAGGAAUUAGGAUGUAUGAAUGAGAGAUUAAUGACUGGUAAUGUUAAUACAAGAUUGACAACUGAACAAGAUAGAUAUAUCUUAUUAGAUUUUUUGGGAGCAGAAUUAAAAACUUGUAGAUUAUUAGAAUUCAAAAAACAUAAAAAUUUAAAUUCCACUGCAGUUGUUGUUGAAGAAAGUGAUACAGCUAAAGAUCUUAAAGAUAUGUUAAUAGCUUUAAAUUUUGAAAAACCACCAAAUGAUAUUACUUCAGAAAAGCUUUUUACAAGACUGGAAAACAAAUUGACUGAAGUAUUAAAAAUAGCUCCUUCUGAACUUGUAGGACAACCAUUAAUUACUCAUGAAUUCUCAGAAGCAGAUUGGAAAGACCUUCAACAUAUACAACAAGAAUUACAUGAUGAGUAUAAAGUGCGCCGUGAUAUGUUGCUCAAAAGACUUGAUGUAACGGUGCAAUCUUUCCUAUGGUCAGACAGAGUUAAAACUCAAGAGGCUGAAUUAAAUAGACGUUAUGAAGAAACUAGAAAAUUUUUAAAUGCAGAACCAGACAUUACAAUUGCUGAUUUAUUAGCAGCAAGAGAUGAUAUUGCAUUAAUGGAAAAAACAAGUAAUGCAAGUGUUAGAAAAAAUACUCAAAGUGAAAUUAAUAAAGUUAUUAUAGGAGAAGUACCAGACAGAGGUGGAAGACCAUAUGAACAAGAACCACCACCACCUGAAAUGCCACCUUGGCAAAAAGAUAGAGUACCAGGACCUUCAACUAGUGGAGGUCGCGGAGGUAAUAGAGGCGGUGGUCGUGGAAGAGGCAAUUUUCAAAAUUCUAAUGCUACUUAUAUCAAUGAUAAUAGAAAUUCAUACAGUGGUCAUGGAGAUAGUGGACAUCAAAGUUCCAAUUUUGCUCCUAAUAGUGGUGGAUAUGGUGGACAAGGAGGAAAACAAGGAAGUGGUUAUGGAGGACAAGGAGGAGGAUAUGGAGGAGGACAAGGG